AUGGCUUCGCUUAUACUUUUAUUUUCAGAACUUGUUAGGAAUCAUGAGUGGGAUGCUGCAGCUCUGUUAGCAACGUACCCUCCCUCUUCUUAUUAUUCUACAAUAACGUCAUCUUGUGCUGCAGCUAAAGCUACUGUGAGCAAACCAUUGAAAGAAGAGGGUAACAAUAACAUGCUGAAGCAGAACAGCCAGAAAACUGAAGAUGCUGUGAUGGAGAAUCCAAUGGAGUCGAGGGUAUUUUUCUUUGAGGCUCUAGACAAAACACUUAGAGAUGUUCUUAGAUUUUCUGAUGCAUGUUGUUUGGAUAAGCCAUUUGGUGGAAAGGUUAUUGUUAUGGGAGGUGACUUUCGGCAAAUAUUACCUGUUAUUCCUCAUGGCAGCAGGCAAGAGGUAGUGAAUGCAAUAAAAAAUUCUUCCUAUCUUUGGUCUCAUUGUCAGUUAUUAACUUUGACCAAGAAUAUGCGUCUUAAUUCUGGAAGCGGCAUGCAAAAUUUAAUGGAGAUAAAAGAUUUUUCUGACUGGCUUCUUAAAGUAAAGGAUGGUGAUCUUGGAGAUGAUGUUGAUGGAGAAUCUAUGAUCGUAAUUCCAAAUGGAUUAUUAAUUAAAGAAUCAGAACAUCCACUAUCGGAUUUGAUUGAUUUUGUUUACCCAAAACUAUUGGAUAAUUUGUUAGAUACCACAUUCUUUAAACAACGUGCAAUUUUAACCCCUAAAUUGGUAGAUGUUGGUAUGUUAAAUGAGCUCUUAAUGACUAUAAUUCCAGGUGAAGAAAAAAUAGAUAAUAUUUUGAAGCAGGAUAAUAAUUCUGAACUCGAGGAUGUCGAAUUCUCUCAUGAGAUUUUAAAUACCUUCUCAUGUUCAGGAAUUCCUAACCAUAAAUUAACUCUGAAGGUUAAUGUGCCUGUUAUGCUAUUGAGAAAUAUUGAUCAAUCAAGAGGUUUAUGCAACGACACAAGAUUGCUUAUUUCAAGAUUAGGCAAUCGAGUUGUUGAGUCACUUUCUCAUGUUGGUGUUUAUAUCCCUAAGCCUGUCUUCAGUAAUGGGAAAUUAUAUGUUGCACUAUCAAGGGUAAAGAGCAAACAGGGAUUGAAAAUUUUAAUACUUGAUGAUGAUGAGAAUAUUACAAAUAGUGCAUUUAACAUUGUCUACAAGGAAGUAUUUUAG